AUGGCACAUCCAACUUUGAAAGUAUACAAUUCUUCCAGAGCAGGGAGAAAAAAUGGGUUUGGUAAGGUUCUAGAAUUAGAGGGUGCCGUUUUUCACAUUGGUCGCUUACACAAGGUAAACGAGGAAACUCGGUACUAUUGGCAGUGUUCGUUCCGUAAUCCUCGAUGUAACGCUCGCGUCAUCACCGUGGUGUCGCCUACAGGCGAUCACGUUGUUCGGAAGUACUCUGACCUGCACUGCCACACUGUCACCGGGACUGCCGCCGAUGUUCGCCGUACCAAGAGUGUUCUCAAAAGUCUCGCUUCUAGCUCUACCAAGUCCACGUCCGAAGUCAUAGACAUUGUCCGCUCCACUAUCCCAGCUUCUGUUCAGGCUAUGCUACCUUCGAAAGCAUCACUUCGUCGGAACGUUCAGCGAGCAAGGAAAACGAACCAUUCCUUCCCAGCAGAACCCCAAAGUCUACUUGAAAUCGAGAUUCCGGAAGAAUUCCAGCACAUUAUGUGUCGGGACAUCAACGGAGGCCCAGAUACCAAGUCAGAUUUCGUCUUUGUCGAUACAGGGGUAGCUGCGGGAGACAAUCGCAUCUUGGGCUUCAGCAGUGAAAGUCUUCUUGACUGUCUUCGAGGAUCGCAGCACUGGAUGAUGGACGGCACUUUUCAAGCUUCUCCCAAAGUUUUCUACCAACUUUUUGUCGUUCACGCUCAAUGGUCAGAAACGAACACCUCGGUUCCCUGCUUCUUUUUCCUGCUUCCAAACAAGACUGAGCUUACGUACAACUAUGCGUUGUCUGAACUGAAAUCUCUCCUCGGUGUCUCGCCAGAUUCCGUCAUGGUUGACUUCGAAAAAGGACUUCACAAUGCUCUUGAGGAUGUCUUUCCAGGGGUAGAAGUGUCGGGUUGUCUCUUUCAUUUGUCGCAGUCAAUUCGUAAGAAGACAGGAGAUUUGGGGCUCAUCUCACAGGUGAGAAACGACGUCGAAUUGCGGCAACUUUGCGCGAUGAUCCGAUCGAUUGCCUUCCUUCCGGUCAACGAUGUUCCGAAUGGGUUUGCCUACGUGAAAGCCAAAGUCGAAAAUCGGGCGCCUGCACUUCAACCUCUUCUUGACUACUUCGAGAACGUCUACAUUGGUGAAUUAACUCCAGGAAAUCGUCGUUGUCCUUUGUUCGGACCGGAGAUGUGGAACGUCAACCAGAGAGCUCUUCUUGGUAAUCCCCGAACCAACAGUAGCGUUGAGAGCUCCCACAAUCAUCUCAAGUCGUUCCUAAUCGUCCACAAGCCACACUUCUUAGCACUUCUCAAAAAACUGCACCCCUACUUGCGAUCGAUCGAAACGGAUCUAAUCGACCUGAAACACGCCAAAACUUUGGGAAAGGUAAGCGUAACAUGGCAGAAACUGGAAAACAAACAAAAAGCGGCCCUGGAACUUUACGAAAGUAACAAAGACUUGCCACAGCUUAUCACAGUCCUAGCCACUUAUUUAAGCUUGUGA